GCGCGCGCACACGCGUACUCACACGCACACUAUAAGCCAGAUAGACACCCAACGUUUGUUUCUCACACUGAGACCAGACUUCGCGCUGACGGUCGGCUCUGUCAAUUCUGAGCUCCUCUGAGACACAAAAAACACAGCCAUGGGGAAAGGAUGCAUUUCAGUUACCAAGUAUUUUCUAUUCCUCUUCAACCUCCUCUUCUUUAUCUUAGGAGCACUUAUCCUGGGCUUUGGACUGUGGGUUCUGUUUGAUAACAAGAGCUUCAUUGCUGUUCUACAGGAAUCAUCAGAAACCGUGAAAGUGGCCUCAUACAUCCUCAUCGGAGUCGGUUCCCUGACGAUGGCCAUGGGCUUCUUCGGCUGCUUAGGAGCCAUCUACGAAAUCCGUUGUCUGCUCGGCCUGUACUUCACCUGCCUCCUGCUCAUCCUCAUUGCCCAAGUCACUGCUGGAGUUCUCAUUUACUUCCAGAGAGAUCGGUUGACACAUGAGAUGUCCACCAUCGUUAUGCAAAUGAUCAUCAACUAUAACUCGACGAGGACCACAGAGCACCCCUGGGACUACGUUCAGAGGACAAUAAAAUGCUGCGGAUUGGCUGGUCCAGGCAACUGGUCUGAGAACCUUGUAAUCAAAAACAGCACCCAGUACCUGUAUCCAUGCUCCUGUCGCAAUGACUCCUUGCCUGGAGGGGACGUGAAGCCAGCGGGCCUGUGUGAGAGCAUGUCCUCUGAGCUACCUGUUUAUGAAAUGGGCUGUAAAACCAGCGUAGAGAUAUGGCUCCAGGAAAACUGUGGAAUUAUUCUGGGGAUCUGUGUCGCCGUGGCGGUUGUGGAGCUCCUCGGGAUGAUCCUGUCCAUGUGUCUCUGCAAGAGUGUUGGCCAGGAAGAUUACAGCAAAGUACCGAAGUACUGAGCUGAAGACGGAGCCGGCUUCACGUCACUCACACAGAUGGACGGACUCUCUCUCCUCACAUCCCAUUCUUAUACACAUACACACACACACACACACACACACACACACACACUGACAGCUGUCUCGACCAUUUGAGCUCUUUGUAUCUUCACAGCUGUGCAGAUUUCUCACGCCCACAUGUCCCUCAUACACAAACACACAAGCACUCACUUCUCAAGUGUGACACAUUUCUUGACCAUAAGUUGACAAGUUACUUCAUUUUGACUUUUUGAUUAUAUUUUUGAUGGAAUUCUUAAGAACUGUGGCAUUUACUAUCCAAGUGUUCGUUUAUAUGUUGUCUUUUUUUCCCCCCUUGGCUGACCUCAGUGACAUAGUGAGAGAAAGACAGCACUUUAGUGAUAUUGAGUUAGCUGAGAGCCAGAUAUUCUGACUUCAAUGCACAGAGAUGAGAGGAGAAUGGGUGGGUGCAUGUGGGUGCAUGCUACCCUCUCAAGGUAUUUUUGGUGCAGUGGGUGGAGGAUAAAUGCAGGGCAUGACUGCUGCGGUGGAGGUUUUGGGUUCUGUUGUCAACUCCUUGCACCCAGCGGCCCUCUGUUGACACCCACCAUCGGCUCCACCUCGUCCCUUCUGAGAUCCAUCAUCUGUCUCUAUAUUGCACCUGUUGUCUUCUUGGAUGUGCAUUGCUGGUAACAAGCAUCUCUUCAAAAUGACCUGUUCUGGAUGAAGUACGUAUGUGUGCAAUGUGUUGAAUGAAUAUUUUAUUUCUUUAUGUUCUUUCUUAAUUUUCUUGUGUCAUCUGUUUUUUUUUAACAGCUGUAUAUAUGACCUUGCAGAGUGACUAUGGCACAUUAAGUGCUUGGUCAGCAUUUUAUAUGGGGAAGCUUUCACCAACAUGCUCUUGUUUUAAGAAGCCCUAUUGUUCUUCGUUUCCCUCUGGGUUUGAUGAAGUGCAGCAUCCGGCUGCCUGUCAGCACUAUUUUUGUCUGAACCUGAGAAAUUGGAUAAAUUGUCAUCAGUCUUGAAGCUAUUUUUUCAGUUUCUUAUAACAUGGCAUGAUUUUUUUUUAUUUUUUUUUUACAGAGGGCUCAUGGCUUUUAUUUUGAAAAGUCUUUUUAAAAAACUUUUUUAUAUUAAAUAUAGCAGCUGUACCACAGUGAAUUUUUUCAUUUUAGCAUGACUGUUUACCAGGAAGUUAGUUUAUAGUAUCAGUCAUGAGAAAAAGAAAGAAAAAAAAUUGUAAGUUAUUGCCUAUUCAUAAAGGAGCGUGUGACCAGAAACUGACUCUUCUUCCUCUUAUACUUUCUUCUCUAAAAUUGUUUUGUGAAAACAUGUUCUGUUCCUCAACCCCCCCCCCCCCCCCCCCCCUUUAUUAGCCACCUCCUCAUUUACAUCAUUCCACUUCAUUUCAGUACACUAUUAUAUAUCAGAAUUUAUGGUUAAUUUAGUGGGUAGAUUGCACUUUCACGAGUCUUCAAAACAUGUUCAUCACGUAGUUACACAGAGGAUUAAAAAUGGUUACAGUCAGCUUCUGUUGUACGACCUGCCAAAUUCAUACAUUAAUUUAACUUGAUGAAAAAUGAAGGCUUGUUUAGAAUAUUUUGUACACUUUUACAAAUUUUUAGUAGAAAGAAUAUUUGUGGUUUAGUAACUUUCUUUUUUUUUAUUACUGAAGAACUAUGAAUAAACAUAAACUCGUUGGAAA